AUGUUCUCACUGGGCCUCCAGGGGACACCGAGUGUUCGGGGGCUGUUGCAUCACCUGGCGGGUGCUACUCCGGUCACACAUGGACCGGUGAACACCACCACUACCACCGUCUCGACCCCAGGGUAUGCCGCCCCUCCUCACCUUGUGUACACCCAGCACGUGACAACGGUAACCCCCUCAGCUGUGGUGCAGGCCCUGAUUGAUGGUUUCGCGAGGAGGGUCGUGACGCCGCCGCCCGGGUUCACCGCUCUCGCCUCAGCCCCCGACUUUCGGUGCCCCAAGAGCUUGCCCCUGGACCUUCCACCUGUACCCAGGAUGUCGCUGGCCGCUGUCCUGCCUCCUGCUGUACCUGCCGUGCCUGCCGCUCCUGGACCAUCCCCUGCCGACGUCGUUCCUGCCCGUGGUGUUGCUGCCCCAGUCGCAGGUCCUUCUGGACAGCUGGACGAGGAUGACACGGCAGUAAAUCCAGAAUCCGUGCCGGGAUACAACUACGACACAGGUCCCGUAAAAAAUCCUCCGACGGGAACAAGGGGCAGAAAACGGCGGUCGCAGAUGACUGAGCGUCUGCUCCCAAACCCUCAACAGCAGUGUGAAGGUCGCAGGUGA